CCUGUCUCAACAAGCAAAGGAACGACUCUCCGGCUCCCCCCAAACCCAAUGUGCGCUUGCGCCCCUGGAGCCCCGGGCCGGCUCCCGACCCAGGACCGGAGAAGGGGCGGGGACGUGACCGAGACGCGGAAGGUCUUCUCGACGCGUGCGCACAACAAGACUUCGGCGGAGGCAAAGGGGCGGAUACAGUGGGGCGCAGGCGCAGAAGACGUGGCAGCUGGCGUAGGGACGGGGGCGCCGCCUGUGUAGGGUGUCGUCGGCGGUCAGGAUGGACGAGGAUAUUUUGACUACCCUGAAAAUCCUCAUAAUCGGCGAAAGCGGCGUGGGCAAGUCCAGCCUUUUGUUACGGUUUACAGAUAAUACAUUUGAUCCAGAACUUGCAGCAACAAUUGGUGUUGAUUUCAAAGUGAAAACAAUCUCAGUUGAUGGAAAUAAGGCUAAGCUAGCAAUCUGGGACACUGCAGGUCAGGAGCGAUUCAGAACACUAACACCCAGCUAUUACAGAGGAGCACAAGGAGUUAUAUUAGUUUAUGAUGUCACAAGAAGAGACACAUUUGCUAAACUAGACAAUUGGUUAACUGAAUUGGAAACAUACUGCACAAGAUAUGAUAUAGUUAAAAUGCUAGUUGGAAACAAAAUAGAUAAGGAAAACAGAGAAGUUGACAGAAAUGAAGGUCUUAAGUUUGCCCGAAAACAUUCCAUGUUAUUUAUAGAGGCAAGUGCAAAAACAUGUGAUGGUGUACAGUGUGCUUUUGAAGAACUUGUUGAGAAAAUAAUUCAGACUCCUGGACUGUGGGAGAGUGAAAGCCAAAACAGAGGUGUAAAAUUAUCGAACAACGAAGAGGGCUACCGAGGUGCCUGUGGUGGCUAUUGUUCUGUGUUAUAAGCUCUGUGGGAGUGUUCUUAUUUAAGGGGUAGAGAUGUCCUUUGUACAUUAACUCAUAUCUGCUAAUUUUAGGGACCUUGCAGUUUGCACAUAUUUGUGUAGUAUGGCAGUGAACAUUUUCUUAGGAGAAUGUAUUCUGCAGCUUUUCCAGUUGAGAAAUGCUAUGGUAAGCAUGCCUAAAUUGCAACGUUCUGGGUUUUUUUAUAUGUAGCAUCACAUUUUGUUAGGAACAUGCACACUCAGAUUUCAUACCUUUAUCAUGGAAAAUUUGGAAAACUAUAUGUUGACUGUGUACUCUGACUGGUCUCUAACUCAAAUUACAGGACUGCUUGAGACAUAUAUCUCAAAUGAUGCAAGCAGAUAGAAGUAAAAAUUGCACUUUUUAUUGGCAAAUACUUUUUCUUACCUGUUUAACAGCAUGAUGAUACAAUCUUUUUUUAGCUAUAAGCAACACCUUUUCUAGCUUGUAACUUGUCCUGGGUGCUUCUGAAAUACAAGGGAAGGGAAAGGAUAACUUUUAAAAUGAUUACUGCAAUAAGUAGCCAUUGGAGUUUUAACCCUGAAAGGUAUGGAAUGGUACUUUGCACCAUAAAGUUAAUGGUGCAAGUCUGCAGAAGAAUGAUUUUUGGUUAUGGGCUUCACAGGGUCCCAUUGUAAAUCACUUUGCCAAGUUUUGAACGUUUCUGUGUUACUAUUGUAAUUUGGACUCAGUAACCCAAAACUAUUGCUCCUUGAUGUGUGAAAGGCUUGAAUUAAAUGGCUGCUAUAUUUGUGGCUAUUGGUUCUGAACCUUAACUGUUAAAAAUGUCUUCUGGAUGUGUGUGUCUGUAUAAGGAAUAUGCUGUUUUGUUGAGGUUUUGCUGUAACAAACAGCCAGUGGCUGGCUUGUUUCAGAGAACUUGUAUUGUUAAUAAAUUUUUUCCACAGUAUUCUUUUUCCCCCCUAAUAUCUUGCUCAUGUAUAGAUGAAUUUUGUAAAUCACUAUUCGAGGACUGUUUCUUUAACAUGCAAUACUGGUACCCUGUUAUUAUUAGAAAUUAAUAAUUUAGUUAGCAGUUUGAACUACUGUGCAAUUUUCUGUAAAUACAGAAACAAAUAUCUUUAUACUGUUUUUGUACACUCCAGUGCUGCAAACUGUUGUUGGUUUUUCAACAAGCAGACUGCUGUUGCCAUUUGAAUCAUUUAAAAUAUUUCAGUUUUUACAUUUUUAGAAAACCAUGGAACUUACUCUGUAACAAAAAAUUGUAUUUAAAAUAACUGAAAAUGUUCAAAUGCAGUACACUACACAUUAUAUGUUGCCAUUUAGUUUCUAGCACUUUUGCUGAGCAAAUUAUGGAUCCGCAAAGAUGGUCAUGUUUCUCUGUAAUGCAGGUAGGGCAGGAUGAAAUUUUAUUGUAGAAAAGUGUGUUUUUAACAUGAUAAUAAAGAUUUGUGAAGCAGGAACACACCCAUUUAAAACAAUUAUCAGGUCAUUUGCUUAUAUUUUCCCCCGAUGUUGUUCUGACCCACUUGAUGUUUUGGAUGAAAUUUGAGCAAUAGGCUUUAAAAAAAAAAAAAUCCCCAUUUUCUGCCCCAAGGUAACUCAAAGUAUGUGUCCAAAAAAAGUGAAGCCCUCUGAAUCAUAGAAAUAAUAAAACCUCUUUCUGCUUUCCCUGGAAAAAGGAGAUGCAAAAUUCUCCAAGACACCAAGCUUGCCUCCCAUACAUUAAAACUUUCUGCAUACUCUAAUCAAUGAAUAUACAAAACCAGUCCCACACUUUAACUGGAAAUUGUCCUAGAUACUACAUGUAUGAAUGAACAAGGCUAAUCUUUUGGUGGGAUGUAGCAAAUACAGGAAUUACAAAGUCUCACUCAAGUACCUCUGUAGAAAUUAAGAAUAAAUGGUUUUAUCUCACCCGA